AAAAUCUUUGUCGUUUGCGGUUGUAGUAGCAAUUGUGAACACAAUGUAAAAAAUUCUCCCUCUCUUAUUGUGAAAACAACUCUGUAUUUACCUCUACUUUCCCUCCAACAUAUGGCAUCACUUUUGUUUAUGCCGCUCUUUUUGUUGUUGUUGCUGUAGUUUUUUUUUGGUAUGUAAAUUUUGUUUGCUCCAAAAAUGGCUAAUUUUGCUCUAAAGGUAGAGGAAAUCAUAAAUGAUGUAAAUAAAUUCCACUUAGUGACAUUGGAACAUGCUGCUGAAAUUUCUCCCUUGGUGCAUGAUCGGUCAAUUGGCCCCGAUUUGGAUUUGAAAGAUUACAAGGAAAAUGAAGAACCUAGGGAUCGUUUAAGAGAAGAAAAUGAUAAUAUAAAAAAAGAUCUAACAAAAAGUGAUAAGAAUGAAAUCAAUAAAAAGAAAACGCCGGCAAAAGAGAAGCCACAACAGAAAAGCCCCUCCGCUAAGGAGGUGGCCAACAAAGAGCCCAAUAGUUUGCAUAGUUUAGAUUUUCAAACCAUCAACUCUAGUAUUCUGCUUAAAGAGGCAGAGGAACAACGUAAACGUUCCAUAAGGCAAAAAAUGAUCGAAUUGCAAGAGAAACACGCGAGCCUAAUGCAUCAAACCUUACAGCCUUUGGAGGAAAAACAACAAGAGGAACGUCGUAAAUGGCUGGAAAAGAAAAGGCGCAGUGAUUCUCAAAUCCUACAGCAGGCAGAACAGAAAUCCUCACAAGAACUUAAGGAACAAGAGCGACAAUUGGAAAAUUUACGCCAGCAAACACAAAAACAAUUACAAUUGAUUUUCUUUCAAGGCAUAUCUCAAUAUCAAAUGAAAUUUCGCAAUAAAUAUGAGGCCAUCGUUCAUCUGUUAAUGUCCAUAGACAAACAGGCUUUAAUGUCUUGUGCUGAGUAUAAUAAAAAGCUCAAGGAACUGAUACAAAUGUUUGAGCAAUUGAUAGGUAAAAUAAAAUCCGGUGAAUGUGGACCCACAGAAUUGAAAACGGCCGAAAAUUUAUGCAAAUCUUUAGAAGACUUAGAAAUAAAUAUAUUGGAAGCUUGUAAGCAGGAGAAAACGAAACUGGAAGAGAAACAAAGGGAACAGCAAAAGCAAGAAGAGGAAAGAGUUAAACAGGAACAGGCACAGCAGACACAAAAGUUAGCUGAACAACAGCAGCAGCAACAACAACAGCAGCAGCAGCAACAAACACAUUUAGCCAACCCAACACAGCAAAUAACCCCUAAUGAGCCUGCUAAAGCUGCAACUGUUGCCACAACUAGUACCACCGAUGGAGGUGGUGGCAAUACUGGUUCCUCUUCACAAUUCGUAAGCUCCGAACGUUUUGAGUUCUAUACGAAAAUCAAUACUUUCUAUCAGGAAAAAGUCGAAAGAGUUAAAGUCCUGCAAUCGGAUGAUUCUAUGAAAAAAUAUCGUUUUGAUUGUCAGAAGAAUAUAAAUAUACCGGUCAAUGCUAUUUCAGCUGUUAGUCAGCAGCAUAUACAAGAUAAAUAUGAUAAACUAUUCUCAUUUGUAAGCACACAACCGACUUUGGGUCGUGAUUAUUGCAUACUUCUAAUGGCCAAAAAAUUUGUGGGUCAGGGGGAGACCACCAUUUCCAGUAAUCCUCAAGCCGCGUUUCCUGUAGCCUCAGUAAUUGUUUCGCUUUGGAAAAGUAUACCUGAAUUUGGUCAACUAUUUUUGGCAUAUGUCUUCAAAGAAUGUCCCUUCCUAGUGCCCUAUUUUAUACCCCAAAAGAAGGGACAAACUAUAGAGGAAUAUUCUAAAAUAUUAGGCUAUCGCAUGACAGAGGGACAAAUUGAGUCUCAGGACAUGUAUUUAAAGAGACAAACAGGUGUAGCCCGCCUCUAUGCUGCUGUUAUGAUAACAUUAGGACGCCAGCAAGAUGGUCCUGCCCAUCCUUAUGGCAUAGAACAUGCUUGGCGCUGGCUAACGAAUUUUAUAGCUCUCGAUCCUUUACCCGAUAUUUGUGCUACUUUAAUUAUGGAAAUCUUACAAAUAGUGGGCAGUGAUAUGUGGUCUGCUUAUGGAAAACAAUUUGUUAAGUUAUUGGUGUAUAUACAGCAGCAAUAUUUUCCCAAAUUAUCGGCAGUGGAUGAAGGUGGUCCGAAAGCGCGACUGGAGUUGUUAUUGGGGAAAUUUUUAAGAGAAGGACAAAUACAAAAGCCUCAAGGCAUAUUGCCGCAAGGAUUUUGGUAAGAGCUUUUUUUUAAUUAUUUAUAAUAUAUAUACAAACAAAGCAAUUAUUAUUGCAAAAGUAAAUAAACAAUACCCAAUAUCGAAAGGGGAAAAAACUAAACUGUACAAUGUA